GAGGAGCCCCCGCCACCAGUAUCGGCAGCUCAUCAACCGAGUGCAGCAGAAUCGAGAGGAUAUGCUCAGUUCAAAAAGCAAUAGUUUGACAGAGGCACUACAAGAAGCCAAUAAAUUGUUCAGUGGAGUUUCCCAGGCAAGAGAGGCUGCUCUGGAUGCCCAGUUCCUUGUUUUGGCAUCAAAUCUAGGAAAGGAGAAAGCAAAUGAGUUGCACUCUGAAAUGACAGUAUUUGACUCGCCAGCUUUUGCUGAAGAUUUACUAACAUUUAUGGGCCUCAAUCGUCUAGAAGAAGAAGAAAAUAAUAGUGAUGAUGAGGGCAUUACUGGUGGAUUUUUACCUACUAAUGCCUGGCAUAAAUUGGGAGCAGAAGCAGAAAGAUAUUUUAGAAGAUCCCCUUCUUUUCACUACAUGUUGGGCUCUUUCAAGUCCGAUCCUCCUGUACCAAGACAACGGAUUGAGAGACAGAAAAAGAAAGGAGGGACAGAAGAAAAAAGGGCAAUGCCUGCCCAGUUGAAGAAAAUGGAGGAAUCUCAUCAGGAAGCUACAGAAAAAGAAGUUGAGAGGAUCUUGGGAUUGUUGCAGACUUAUUUUACAGACGAUCCCAAUACACCUAUCUCCUUCUUUGAUUUUGUGAUUGAUCCAAAUUCUUUUGCACGCACCGUGGAAAACAUCUUUCAUGUGUCUUUCAUUAUAAGGGAUGGCUUUGCAAGAAUAAAACUGGAUCAGGACAAGCUGCCAGUAAUAGAACCUUCAGGUGAAGAGGAAGGUAGAGAAAAUGACCAGAGUGCCCAAGUACGGAACCAAGUAGUCAUUUCUUUGAGCCAUCAAGACUGGAAGGACAUUGUAGAAACUUUUGAAAUCACAGAACCUAUGAUUCCCCCUCCUGGUAUCAGCCAAGAAAAUGAAAGUUAGGUGCCAUGAAGGGAAAAAGUUUUAAAAUAAUUUACUUCAAAGAAGUUUUAUAUGUAUAUACUGUAUGAUACAAAUUAUUUUUGAUGAGAAUACUAGUUUAAAUUUGACUUUUUAUAUAAGAAGCUUAUUGUAUCUUUUUAUUUAUACAUGCUAUUUACAAUAGUAAAGGUUGUCAUGAUACACAGGGCAUUUUCAUCAUAACAUAAUUUUCUUUAUUAAAAUAUUUUUGUAAUGUUGUAAUGCUUUCCCAAUUUUUAUACAAUAAAUAUAGACCAAACAGGGGCAUAGCAAUAAGUGGGUCUGUUAGCAUUAGCAUUCAGACCCAGUCCUGGCUCUUUUGCAUCCCCAGGACUUGCCCCACUCUGCCUGCUAGUGAAUGGGAUCAGGGCAAGUCUCCGCUCCCCAGGUGGAACACUGGGUGGCUGGGAGUGGGGCAAGCUGCUGUGCCUGGACCCCACCUGGAAGGAUUUGAGACUAGGAUCAGGUUUGGUUAACUGUGACAGAACUGAGAAAAAUUGCUCUCUAUGAUCAUGAUGCCUAUUAGCCUACUUUCCCUUUUUUGAAGUACAAGACAUUUUUUUGGCAGGUUUAGUGAAGACCAAUUUAUGUUUAAGGCUUUAAGAGGAAGGGGUCUCAUCAAAAUUGGCUUUUGCUUUAGAAGGGAGUGUCAGGAAGAGACAUGCGGAAGUGCCAGGUGUGAAAAUCAAUGUGGUGCUUUACAUUUGUAUAUGGCAGUUGUGAAUCUUCUAUAAAGACAGGAAAAUCCCUUUCUUUUCCCAUUAUAGGAAUUUUCCUUAGAUUGCCAGGGCCCAGAGAACAGACAGGAGGAGUGAGACAGGGCUGAGAAUGGUAAAAGGUGAUGUCACAAGCAUUCCAUGUUAGAGGGAGUGAACUGAAAAUGGUCAAGCUCAGUGCUGGCCCUUGAGGAGGAUGAGGAAAGCUAAUAGCGGGGCCUCUGCUUGCAGCAGGCCCAUGGCUCUCUGUGGGGAGAAGACUACUUCCACAGUUAAAGGGUGAAAAAAUGGAGAAAUUCAUUUCACACAAACUUGAAUGUGGAAUUAGUUGUCUUUCACGAUAUGUGUUUUAAUUCCCAAAACUUCAGAUAGAAAAGGUGGGAUAUGUAAAUUACAGUCCUUUCCACAGGAGAGCAUUACAAGUUAAAACCCAACCAACAUGUUUGAAACAUGCAGAGUUUGGAGUGGGAGGAUGUCACCUUAACUCUUAGUCAUCUUUAAGAACAGCAAAAGACAUUUUAGGCCAGGAUUGGCAAUAAUUUCUAAAAGGGGGCCACAUCACCAAUUUCUGAAGUGGCUGUGGACCACCCAAAAAGGGUUAGGGCCUCAGGUGGGGCUGAGGGGAGUGCAUGAAGUCUUUUCCCACCCCCUG